AUGGCUAAAAUGCUUGCAACAAUGAUUACAAAUUUUGCCAAAUACGGGGAACCGACACCAACUAAUUGGAAUGGUUUCAAAUGGACACCGUUUACAAAUGAGUCCGCGCAAUAUGCAAUUCUAGAUUUACCGCCGAGGAAAGCAAUUGGUAGUUUACAUUGGCCGGUGACAAAUUUUUGGAAUAAAGAAACAGCACUUUUAGAAAAAUUAUCAUUGCGUGAAAAACCUGUGCAAACAUUAAGCGAAGAAUUAACUGCUGAUGAACGAUUACAGUUAGCAGCUUAUCGACGUGCAUGGUGGGCAUUAUGGCUACUCGUUGGUAUGAUUGCUUUAGUAAUUUGGAUCAGUGUCAUUUGUGUGGUUGUGACACGAUGUCACAGUCCUCGAGCCAAACCCUACAAUAAUAUCGUUGUCAAUAGAUGA